UAUCUUCCUAUGUUUCUCUUUUCUAGAACCAGUCCAAAGUCCACCCUGCCGUCCACCUUCACAUAUAACAACAUAUCUCUCCAUUGUACAAUUUCGAUUCCAAUAUUCACAUCAUGUUUAGUUGGAUACACAUCACACUAGCGGUAGCAUCCGCCGGAAUAUUCCUCCUAAUAUUCUUCCUCUGCCACCACCUUUUCCGCCACCCUAAACCACCACAACCACCCACCACAGACCCAUCACUUUCCCAACGUGAAACAUGUUCCAAAACAUUGUUCAACUGGUCAGACAACCCUGCACUCAUCACCGAUGCCGUCGAAAAUGGGUGGUCACGAUUUGCUUUCACAGAUUAUGUCUCUUCCUCAUCCGUCCGAUCAAACCGGUUUUCAUUACGAUCUUGUGCUGCGGGUGCUGAUGGUGUUGGAGAGUACGAUGAUGACGUGGAUAUUAGUUGGGAAAUUUGUCAUGGAUCUGCAGAUUUCAUGCAAAAGAUUCGACUUAACUCCGGGUUAAAAAAACUAAUCACAACUACAACUUCUGUAAUGUCGGCGGCUUCAGUUAUUAAAUCGGCUUUGCCGUUGCCUGGACCGGCUGUGGGGAACUCAUCCGCGUUUCCGCAAGAAGCGUAUUUUGAAAUUACGAUUUUGUCCAGUUACGAGAGUGAAAAUGGUGGUGAUAUUAAUGGAGAAGAUGAGAAUGUUAAGCUGAUUCAAGAGGGGAGGGGUGUGCAUGUCAAUAUGGAAGAGUUGAGGGGUCAAAGUUGUGCAAAGGGUAUAGAUGAAGGGGGAAAUUAUGAGGUUAGUGUUAUGGUGUCGGUAGGGUUUACGGUUGGAGGUUCGAUUCCGGUGAAGCUUCCCGGAAGUUAUCCCGGAUCGGUUGGAUUUCAUUCCGAUGGCUUUAUUUAUCUGGAUGGAAAUAAACUCUUAAGUGAACCAAAUAUUGAAAGAUGGGAAAAAUCUUCUAAAGUGAUCGGUUGCGGUUACAACCCAAGCUUAAAGAAAGUUUAUUUCACGAUGGAUUCCAAACUUGUACACGAAACCAACUGUAAAGGAGACGAAUUUGGAACCCCGCUCUAUCCGAUGUUAGCAGCGAAUAGUGAUGUUACGGUGCUUGUAAAUUUUGGGCAAAGCGUCUUUAAAUAUGAACCAGCAAAUUCGCAAAGAACUCAAAAUCCAUGCUUCAUUGGACCAAUGGCGAAUUCCUCGUUGGCAGGGUAUGAAGAUAGUAAGGAGCUUUUUUCAAUGGGAAUAAUAGAUUCACAAUGGUUAACUCAACCACCAAGAAGUGGACCAUAUCAUGGAAGCGUUAAUAAUAAAGGAAGGAUGAAGGAUAACGACGAGGCUUCUGAAGGGGAUAUGUUUGAAAUCGUGAUAGAAAACAAUAAUUAUAGAAAAUCACCAAAUGCGUUGUCUUAACCAAAAGUAUUUCAUAUUAUUCUUCAUGAAAGUCGAUUUGUUUUCGGUCGAGUAUAUAAUCAAAAGACUUCAACCUGAUGAAACAUGGUGUGAGUUCUUCUAGAUGAGGAUUGGGUUUAUACGGUAUGAGUUGUUUUAGAUGAGGAUUGGGUUUAUGUAUUUUGUUUCAAGUACUCAAGAUUUAUGUGGAUACAAAGUUGGAACCAA